AUGGAGACCCAAUUAGAGUCGCUAAGUACGCUGUGUAAGAAGCUUCUAGACGCGACGACGCUGGCAAACUCGCACGCCAAGGUGCUGAUGAAGCACGCUAAUACCAUGUAUCUACGUGUCGAGAUGGCGAAGCGCACCGCGGGACAAGCGGACCCGGACUUCGAUGAGAGCCUCAGCCGUGACGUGGCAGAAGCUCAAGAUCUGGUCCAAUCAGCGAUGGAGGCCCUAGGAAGCUGCCAGGCUCUACUCGGACCCCCGAACCCUGACGCGGAAUCUCCCCCCGCUGACGUGGCAUCGCCCCCACACUCGCGCUCCGCUGAGGAGCAACACGUGGACCAACAGGACAACUCGUACUCGCAGCAGCCGCAUCCGCAUCAGCACGAGCAGCAGCAGCACAAUAAUGCGCAUCAGAACCACAAUCAGAGCCAUCAGCAGCAGCAGCAGCAGCAGCAGCAGAACGGGGAUAGCAACUCCAACGGCGACAACGCGGCAUCGUUCCCCCCCGACCACCCCAACGGUCAUCCCGCCACUCACCCCUCCUCUCCCGCGCGUUCCGCCGCCCCGUCCGCUCCCGCCGCCAACGCAUCUCCCGUGGCUGCGUGCAACGGAACCGACGCAUCUGCUCCAGCCAAUCCCGGCGCCGCUGCUGCUGCCGCCGCUUCCGCCGCUUUCCGCGCAGCAGCGGCAGCAGGAGCGUCGGGGCGGCCUACCCCCGAGGAGCUGGGGAUGCAUUUGCGAAUGCUUGGCGAAAUGAACCUUGGUUCGGAUCGCAGCGUGGGCGACGUCGUCGCGUCAGUGCUGCAGCAGCUGAAUGGGAUGAACAAUCACCACGGGAUGAAUAAUCACCCCGGGAUGAGUAAUCACCACGGCAUGAAUCACCACGGGAUGGGGCACCACGGAAUGAUGCCGUUUCCGCCCGGGAUGUUCCCCCUUCCGCCGCCCGGAGUCCUUCCCCCGCACGGCGUCUUCCGCCCCCCGGGCUCCGCGCACCCGCCGCUUCCACCGCCUUCGGACGCGGACGGGAUGAGCAGCUCCGGCGGAGGAGGUUCGGCGGCGCCUGGAGGCCCGGGUUCGGCGGCGGGAGGAGCGGGAGGCGCGGGGGUUCCAGGUCCCCCUGUGCUUCCGCCGAUGUGGAUGUCUCCGCACGGGCUCGCGUUCUGGCCGCGCCCGGGGGGAAAUAACACCAUGCAUCAUCCCCCCCCGAUGGGGGGAAGCCUGGGCGGGAGGGGCAGCACAGGGGGAAUGGGGUCCCCCGCGCCCCCUGCGCCUGCGCCGUCCGCGGAAGGCAAGGAGGGAGGACGUGGCGGAGCGAGCGCAUGGAUGUCCGCGGGAGGGGGCGGAACGGCGGGAGGGGGCGCAGGGCAGCAUCAGGGCUUUGAGGCGCCGCAGAAAUCGCAUCUGGGGGUUGAAGGGGGGGCGCAAAAACCGCUUCCGCCAACCGAGGGCGCGCAGAAGGCGCAUCCGCCGCCGCAGCACGGGGGGCAGCAUCCAGGGCAGCGGAAAGGGGGCGCGGGGAACCACCCGCACGCGGAAGGGCGGGGGUUCCAGGGGUGGGGCGGGGGAGGAGGGGGAGUGGGCGUGGGGAAGGAUGCGGGGAAGGACGGGGGGAAGGGCGCGGGUGAUGGGGGAGAUGGGGAGGGUGUAAAAGCAGGCGCGGGUGCAGGGGGUGGGAGUGGGGGCGGGACAAAGCGGAGUGCUGCGGCUGCUGCUGUUGGCGGUGGUGCUGGUGGCGGUGCUGGAGGGGGUGGUGGUGGUGCAGAGGAGGACGGUGACGAUGGAGCAGUGCUGCAUAAAAGGCCGCGCAUGCCAUCGUCGAAGCCGUCAGCACCGGAAAUGCCAAUGGAUGGGUGGGAGUGGCGCAAGUACGGCCAGAAGGUCACACUCGGGCAGACCUACCCCAGGAGCUACUUCCGUUGUGCACACAAGACCACAGGGUCGCAUCCCUGUCCGGCCAAGAAGUGGGCGGAGAGGUGCAACGACAACCCCUUCAACUGGCGCAUUAAAUACGUGGGCGAGCACAACCACUCCAAGCCGCCGCCUCGCCCCGUCACCAUCACCAUCAUUCAUGACGGGCCCACGGAUGGAACGGCCGCCCUCCCCGCUCCCCCCCCUCCUUCUGCUCCUGCUGGUGCUGCUGCUGGUGCCGUCGCUGCUGGUUCUGCCGGUGUUAUUAGGGCUGGUGGUGGUGGUGCUGGUGCUGGUGGUGGUAGUGGUGCUGGUGCUCUUGCUGCUGCUCCCUCGCCGCUGUCUCUUCUCGCCCCGGCUGCACCGCCUUCCCUGGCGCUUCCUGCUCCCCACUCUGCUGCUGCUGCGGGUGCUGCUGCUGCUGCUGCUGCUGUGCCCGCUGCUCCUGAGGUUGCCUCUGCAGCUCCUGCUGCUGUUGGUGCUGCGGGAGCGAUAGGCACUGCAGCACAGGCAGUGAAGCAACCCCCUUUUGACAUUCUCCAAGUGCGGCUGGGAGGAGGAGGAGGAAGCGGAGAAGGAGGGGGUGGAGGAGGCGAGGUGCAAGCAGGACCAGGGGUGGUGGUAGAAGCGAGCGGGAGCCACAGCCAUGGGCACAGUCACAGUCACAGCCACGAGCCUACAGACAUGGGGGAAGAGUUUUCUGAGGGAUUCGCGUCUCCUGUGAGUGACAAGGGGGGGGCGAGUCACAGGGUAGGCGGGGCGAACGGAGGGGAGACGACUGGUGGGGAGAAUGGGGGGAUGAAACAGCAGAGCACUCCCAAAGGCCGCGAUUUUCUGUCGGGUUUUGGGCAGGGAGAUGGGUUGAAGGGAGUGGGGAGCGGUGAAAGCAAUGGGAGUGGAGUAACGAGAGGGUCGGUUGAGGAAGCGGGAAAGCAAGUGGUGUGUGGUGGUAGCGGUGGUGGUAGUGGUGGUGGUGCUGCUGCUGCUGCUGUAACUGGUGGGGCUGCUGCUGCUGCUGCUGCUGCUGCUGCUGUCUGUGCUCUACCAUCCGGUGCCCAAGCCACACUGCAGGCACAACAGUCACGGGCAGGAGAAAAGAGUGAGCAGCAAGAAGCGUGCCUAGGACUUGCCGUGUCUUCUGAUGGUCUGACUUCAAACACGCAGCACCAGCAGCAGCAGCAGAAGCAGGAGAAGCAGUUAGAGGGAGAGAGGGGUGGUGGUGAUUGUGGUGCCCCGUCAGCAUCAGACCGAGCUGAUAAAAAGGGGGAGGCAGAUGGUUCAACGGCAGCAGGCCUGCGGAGCGGAGUGGAUAAGCCAGGAGGAGAAGGUGGAGGAGGUAAUAGUGCAGAAGCAGACUUGAAGCGAGAGGAGGGAGCUGAUGCGAACCGUGCAAAGACAGAGGGUAUUGGGAACAUGGACGAGGGCGGCACGAAUGGGAGUGGGAAUGCGGGUGGCGGGAGCGGGAAGGGAGGGGAGGAGGAGUUGGAUAGCCAACCAAGUAUCGACAUCAAGCCGCGGGACGCCCAGUCCAAUCCCAGUGCAUGGGCCUCUGCCAUUGGCUCAUCUGCUAUUGACGCCUCUGUCUCUGCAGGCACCUCUGGGAACUCCUCUGGCAAUCCCAGUAAUCCCUUUCCCGGGUAUACCGGCCCGCUCCCCUCUGCCCUCAUGCAAGGAGCCCUCCCCACGCCCAUGUGGCUUCCCUCUCUCCCUCGGGAUUCACUGCGCAUUCUGAUUGGCCCGGGCGGCGCCAGGUGGCCGAUGGGCCGCGACUCGCCAGGUCAGCUGCAGUCGCCGUUUAACUUGCUGUCGCCGCUGGGUACCGCGCGGGUGUUUUCUGACGUGGCGCAAGCGCCGCUGCCGUCGCCUAUCGACUUACCGGAAAUCAAAGGAGAGUGA